AUGGCCUUAGUUGGAAACAUUUUGGUGAUCUAUAUUCUGUACAAGAGGCCAGAAACAAGAAGAUUAACAAGCUUCAUGUACGUCAACCUCGCUGUGGCCGACCUACUCGUAACAGCUGUUGUCAUGCCUCAGUCGAUGGAACUAAUCAUUUUGGAUAAUCUGUGGAUCGAUGGAACAUUUGGUGAAUUACUUGCCAAGCUCAUCAUGUUUGUUUUCUUCGUGGCGGUCACAGCGUCCGUCUUCUCUCUAACAGCCGUGGCUUUUGACUUCUUCUUCGGGAUUGUCCUUCCCAUGCAAAAGUUCCCUCGCUUUAGGAACAAAAAGAUCUUGGUUCCCACAAUUUGGAUCACUUCAAUGUGUCUGAUGACUCCAUGGCUGAUCACAGUCAAAGUUAAGAACUCCAGGAUAGAAUUUAAGUUUACUCAGUUUGGUGAGACUCAAGCAGCUUUGAGAGGUAUCUUUCUUUAUAUCGUAGUCACCAUCUACUUGUUGCCCCUAGUUACCAUGUGCAUUCUCUAUGGACACGUCUGUCACACACUGCACAAGCACAAACUGCCGGGCAUUGCCAUCAACAAUCACGCAAGAACUCGGGCCCAUGCUACCAAGCGUCAAGUUAUUCAUAUGUCGAUCGCUGUCGUUGUUGCCUUUGCACUUUGCUGGCUUCCAGCGCAUGCGUAUCAUAUGAUUUUGGCCAUUGACUUCAGUGUGCGGGAAUCGCUGCCAUAUUAUUUUAUGCUGUUAUGCUAUUGGUGUGGACAUGCAAACAGCGUUGUUAACCCGUGGCUCCUGAUAUACCUUAAGAAGAAAUUCCGUGCCGCAUUUAAGAGAAUGAUAACUUAUCCAUUAUCGAGAAUCUCAUUUGCUAGCAAGAAUAAUGAGAGCGUAAGAAGUGUAACUAGACUGCCUAUCAGAGACCCGAUUUUCCAAGUAAGAGAACAUUACCAGUGUACAAGUUCUGUGUGA